UGUCAGUCCCAUCUACGCAAGUGAAUGUCGACCUCAACCUAGUUUUUUGCUGAGUCGUGUUGCUUGCACGUCGCCAGCGACAACAUCAGUAAUAUCUUUCGAUACUUCUCCCCUUCGCGUCGCACUCUGCUCGAACCUCAACCGCCCUUUUGACGGCAAGCAGUCGAGAUGCGUACUCGCUCACAGCAAGCGUCGCCUGGCGGCUUUGUUUCUCUCGAUACAGAGGGGGCUUCUCGUCGUACUCGGUCCACCAGGAGCACUUCCCAGCAGCCUUCUGAAUCACAGCCUGCUACUCGGUCAACCAGGAAUACUUCCCAGCAACCUUCUGAAUCUUCACAACCUGCCGCGCAGCAAACCACAACACGUGCAAAAGCUGGGCGUUCUACUAAGAAGGCUGCCCCCAAAAAGACCCCCCAAACCACUAAAUCGAAACGCAAGCGCACUACGAAAAGUACUUCCAGCAAGGCGGAGCAGCAAACUUCUGCUGAUGAGCAUGAAUCACAACACAACGAAACGGAAAAGCCCGCCGAGCCCACGCCGGAAACUACGCAGGUACCUGACCCGGAUACCCAACAGGAUGCCCCCGAGGUAGUCGAAUCGACAGGCUCAGGUAGUGCCCCCCUGGGGGAACCAAGUUCAUCUGGCCUCAACAGGAAGCGACCCCAUAUCGAAACCAGCGACGACGAUCGCAGUGCCCCUGAAACGCCAACCGCAAACAAGCGCCGAAACUUGGGCCCCCCGGGUAGCACGCCUCAUACCCGUCGACUCACUCCCCUUUCUCGUCGGCUGACUACGAACGCCGCGCCCUACUCGGAGAGACUUCUACGCCGGAAAGUGGAAAGAGACGGACGGAUUCACAAGACCUUGUUUCGCGUCCCACAGCUCAUAGCCCAGAGAGAGGCUGACCGCCGGGCCGCGGAAAUGCUUCCUCUGAACCGUUUCCCUGAAGUUUCCCAAGCAAGCAUCGCAUACGAAGCGGAACAGCUCGAGACAGACUCCCAGCAUCCCGAGAACGAACCAGCGGCGCCCGAACCUCCGGCCACCCCCGAAAGGCAACAGGGUUGGAACAUCCGCGGAUUGCUCAGCUCCGUGCCUCGCACUUUCUCCCGCUUCAUACCAGGACUCGGUCGGUCCCCCGAGAGGCAAGAACCAGUACCACCCCAGCCGUCCUCUGAGCGCAUAGUUCGCACCCAGCCCCUUGAGUCCGUUCCCUCUGUACCCACUCCCGAGGUUCAUUCUCGCCGUCGUCUGAGUGAGCAAUCGACGAGCGAAGGGCGGCCAGCGAAGCGGCCACGCAAUCUGUCUUACUCUCUUUUCCCGGCCCCCAUGGACAAGUCGCUUUAUCUUGGAGAUAUCAGUAAGACUCCUAAGACUACUCCAGCUCCACCUCUGCCAGAAGGCCAGCCUACGGAAGGACAGCCGACAGACAAGUCGAUCCCCAAGGAGUCAGUCCCGAAGGAGUUAGAGCCCCAGGAGUUAGUGCCCCAGGAAUUAGCCACACCAAGACAUCAGGACCUUGAGAGAUCACCCCAAAAGGUCGACGAGACGACCAAAAAGAAGCGCAAGCGUUCACCUUCACCAGAUGUCAUUCCAAACCCAAAGGGGUGUAGCUACGGGAUGGAUAUGGAUUACUUCUGUUACAGUUCUGACAGUGAAGAUGAGACGAAUUCGACCUCUGAGCCGACAGUGCCUCAGACCGAACCAAGACAGUUGGGCAGACUGAGCAAAGGGAUCGUCCGCAAUGCCAUUGGUUCGGAACACCACCCUUCGAAAAAGGUCAGAUUCGACGCGAGCCCAGAGGACACACCUUCAAAACUUAGAUCGCGAGCUCGCGCGACUGAUCCUUACCGUGGAAAACAGUUUAUUGGAAUGGGCGGUGCAUCCGCCUCUCCCGAAGUGUCACCCACCCCUGCCUCUCACGUCGAUACCAUUUAUGAGCCACGGCAACGUCCAGGCUUCGUCCCUAAUUUGCAGGGCACAUUCCAGCUUGAUUAUGAUGCGUUUUCAGACGACAGUGAUUCGAGCGGGCCAGACUCCCCCAUGAGCCUCCCGGCUCCCAGUCCACUGUCAGCUGGACCCAGCCCCGUGAAGGCUAGUGGUCAGCCCGAAAGUGUGCAAUCCCCUGCUCGUCAAGCUCCCCGCCCGACACCCGCAGCUCCGUCGACUCCUGCAGGCCCGUCAACCCCCGCCAAAGUCGACGAGGAAGCUCUUGCAAGAGUCCGUUCUCGAGCAGAGAAAUACAAGCCCAAAACGCCCAGUGGCCUCCGUACCACCAGUCGUUAUUCGAGCCCUAUGACUGCUCCCACCCCCGACGCCCUUGCCAACAGAGAAGAAGUUGUAGCCGAUGCGUUCGGAGAUGAUGACUUCGCUCGUGACGCUCAGUGGCUCUUGGAGAAGUGUCCCUCCGGCGACCUCCGAAACCUUGUUUGGCCGCAAAGACAAAGCCUAGUCGACAGCAUUGGUACCCAACCCGAGUCUCUCGAUGUUCUCUCUAGCAUCUGGGAUGAUGCCGAAGUCGACAGAGCUUACCUUGUUUUCAGCGCCAGCCUGGAGGCGUUCGAGGAAUCCAAGGCACGAAAUGUUGAAUGAGAUGUUGUGUUUUUUGUGUGGAAAGUUAGUUGCGUUAGUUGCGUUAGUUGCGUUUGUUGCGUCUGUUAUGUUCAUUCUGUGAUCUCCUUGCGUGCCAUCUUAUUUUCACUACUUUGUGGCCCUUCCACUUGACCCCCUUCUGCAUGGGAGUGUGUGGCGGUGGAAAGAGGCCCAA